CUGAGGAGCGGAAGAAGUUCCCCCAGCAGAUAAAGGCUGCAAAACCAGGCGGGCUGAAGAGCCACGCUUCACUUCUUCAGAAGCUUGACCAGAGACGAGCCAGCUCCACAUCUGGACACUCUCAGGGCGUCCCUGCAUGCACAGAGACUGAUAAACGCUAAAGGAUGGCUCUGUACUGGUUGGUGCUUGGUUUGUUCUUCCAAACUCUCCAUGCUCACGUCGACUUCUUCACCUCCAUCGGGCAGAUGACUGACCUGCUGUACACAGAGAAGGACCUGGUGACAUCACUAAAAGAUUACAUCAGAGCAGAGGAGAGCAAAUUGCAGCAGGUUAAACAGUGGGCAGAGAAGUUGGACUCUUUGACCGCGACAGCCGUGCAGGAUCCCGAGGGCUUCCUGGGUCACCCUGUCAAUGCCUUCAAACUGAUGAAGAGGCUAAACUCAGAGUGGGCUGACCUGGAAAGCCUGGUGCUCAAGGACACCACUGAUGGCUUUAUCUCUAAUCUGACAGUGCAGAGGCAGUACUUCCCUACGGAUGAGGACCAGACCGGAGCAGCUAAAGCUCUACUCAGACUGCAGGACACGUACAAGCUGUCGGCUAACGUCCUCUCUGCUGGAGACCUGCCAGGUGUUGUCCAUAAGAGCCGUAUGACGGUGGAGGACUGUUUCGAGCUGGGGAAAGUCGCCUACUCUGAAGCGGACUAUUACCACACGGAACUGUGGAUGACGCAGGCUCUAAAACAGCUUGACGAGGGCGAGAGCUCCUCCGUAGACAAGGUGACCGUCAUGGACUACCUCAGUUACGCCAUCUACCAGCAGGGAGAGAUAGACCGGGCACUGGAGCUCACCAAGAGGAUGCUCAAACUGGAUCCUAGUCAUCAGCGGGCCAACAGCAACCUGAAGUACUUUGAGUUCCAGCUGGAGAAGCAGAGGAAAGCAGAGGAGGCAGAGGGGAAAAAAGAAGUCCAGGAGAAAGAGAAGAAAAAGGUGGAUAAGCGAGACGUGCAGAUGAAGCGCUCUAAAGACCCUCUGCCCGAGAGGAAGCGAUACGAACAGCUGUGCAGAGGAGAGGGCGUCAAAAUGACCCGUCGUAGGAGCAGCCGUCUGUUUUGCCGUUACUAUGACAACGGGCGCAACCCUCGCUUGAUUCUGGCUCCUGUGAAAGAGGAGGACGAGUGGGACCGCCCCCGUAUCGUCCGUUACCACGACAUCAUCUCCGACUACGAGAUCAGCAAGGUUAAAGAGCUCGCCAAGCCCAGGCUAAGGCGCGCCACAGUACAUGACCCCAUUACGGGAAAGCUCACCACUGCUCAGUACAGAGUCUCCAAGAGCGCUUGGCUGACCGCUUAUGAGCACCCAGUAAUUGAGACGAUUAACCAGCGGAUAGAGGACCUCACAGGCCUGGAGAUGGACACAGCAGAGGAGCUGCAGGUUGCAAACUAUGGAGUUGGAGGACAGUACGAGCCUCAUUUUGACUUUGGCAGGAAAGAUGAGCCGGACGCAUUUAAAGAGUUGGGCACAGGAAACAGAAUCGCCACCUGGCUCUUCUAUAUGAGUGAUGUGCCAGCAGGGGGUGCUACAGUGUUUCCAGACGUUGGAGCUGCAGUGUGGCCCAAAAAGGGCACAGCAGUGUUCUGGUAUAACCUGUUUGCCAGUGGGGAGGGAGACUACAGCACGAGGCAUGCGGCCUGCCCGGUACUUGUGGGCAACAAGUGGGUAUCGAACAAAUGGAUCCACGAGAGGGGGCAGGAGUUCAGACGACCUUGCGGCCUCAGCGAGACGGAAUGAUGAACGGAAAGCGUUUGCUCCUCUUCCAUCCCUCCUCCCUCCUGCCUUAUUCCUUCAAAGCCCCUGAGUGCCAGAUAGCUCAGCACUGUAGACAUUGACCAUCAAUCCCCAUUUUCCUUUCCUCCAUCUCCACCGGACUUGAAGCCUGGGCUUGGCGUGAGGGAUCUCAGCUGGCCAUGGACGUGUCGGAAUCCAAUUAAGAGGCUUAAAAGUGUAAAGGAUAAAAAUACAUUGCGUAGUGAAAAUCAAUCGUAGCAGCUGAAAUUUGUCUGUACUUUUUGUCCUUUUAUACAGAUAACAGUUCAUCUGAUAUAAGCAAGUGUAAUUGAGAUACUUUGGUCUUAGAGCGGGAAAGUGGCAAUCAGUCGGUCCAGUGUCGGUCAAAAAGUUCAGUGUUGCACAAGCACAGACACUCACUCACACUCCUGCAUGGCAACAAGCUUGAACAUCUUGGUUUCCAAGUUUAAAAUAUAACCACUGAAAUAUCCAGGCACUCUACUAAACAGAAAGGAGUAGAGAAAGAGAGAAAACUGAGUAAGGGGCCAGAAAUAAGAGAACAAUCACAGAAGUUUAGUGUUUCCACUCUUCUGACCAAAGGAGACGUACAGAAAUUCUGACAGAGACAAACACUGCCAAGAUGACCGAAGUACAGCGCCAAAGAGAUUUUUGUUUUGUUUUUAUUCGAGUCCAGGGGCCUACGGGAAUUUUUUUUAUUUAUCUUCAGAGGUCGAAACCUUUAUGUGCUUUUGUGUGAAUGGAAGUAUGUUUUUGAACGUGUGAUGUUUUCUACGGAAAUAAAAAAUGUGCCAUUCA